AUGACGGCAGUUGCUCCCGCCUUGACCUCCUUCCAACCGAAUACGCGAUUGGGAUGGAGUUCUGACGGCACCGGCUUUGGCGCGAUGAACUCGGAUGAAGUGAGCAGGAUGUUUACGUCGCAACGCAAGACCGCCCAACGACAAAACUCAUCCUCCUCCCUCGCAUCUACGGCAUCCUCUACCUCGACCUCUACUAUACCUGCAGCGCCUCAACCGCAGACCAUCGGCGCAGUGCAGCCGCCCGGAACAGACGCUGGUCAUUGGGCAACACGGAAGAAGCCGACACGAGGGCUGUGGCCGCCAGGAAAGGCUGAGCCGGCGACGGGCAUAAUAUCUACUGCACGACCGCAGCCAGUGAGUUCGGUGACUACUGGAGCGACUGCAUCUUCUGCGAUAUCUGCGUUACAUGCGCCGCUACUGCCCUCGCAGCAAAUGGCCAACGGCACAGGCCAGGCGAAUGGAGUGCUACGGGAACAGGCGCAGGCCAUGCCUCCGGCCAUACUUCACCUUAUACCUAUGAACGGGACUUUCGAGCGAAAGACGAUCACCGUGCCCUAUGCUCCCGAUGUGCUGCGCAUCGGCCGACAGACCAACCAAAAGACAGUACCUACACCUCUCAAUGGGUACUUCGAUUCGAAGGUACUUUCACGACAACACGCAGAAAUAUAUGCCGAUAGACAAGGUCGCAUUUUCAUACGCGAUGUCAAGUCGAGCAACGGCACUUUUGUAAAUGGCAUGCGACUGAGUCAGGAAAAUAAGGAGUCUGAGCCUAGGGAGUUGAGGGAGCAGGACGUGCUGGAACUGGGUAUCGACAUAGUGUCGGAAGAUCAGACGACAGUCGUGCACCAUAAAGUCGCUGCGAAGGUCGAGCACGCGGGCAUAUACGGACAGGGCAACGACGUGCUCAACUUCGGCGACCUGGAUCCGAGCGCAGGACAAGGUCUGAUGUCGAACCCACAUCAGCUGAAGAGGGCAGGAAGUGUUGGCUCGAUCAACAGUCGAGGCACUGCGAAUUCUGUCCCCAGCCAAGCGGGCAUGGGCAUGGGCGUGCUUAGCCAGUCGCAGCACAUGAGGAACUGGCUGAACCCGAUCACCACCGAGCACAUUGUUAGGAAACUGAACUACGAGAUGAAACUUGCAAUGCAACAAUCGCAAGAGAUUGCACGAGCCAGGCAGGCGAUAGAAAACAUGCUUGGCGGCAAGAUCGAGCCACCACCAGCACCACUUCUGGAGAAGAAGUCCAAUUCGGAGAAGUCCAGGCCUUCACCUACAAAGUCGAAGCUGGACCUUAAAGCACACUUUUCGGAGCCUCCCGCGCCACCGCCGCAGGCACCCCUGCCCGAGAAGCCGGAUGUAGCAAGAGCACUUGCGGAUCCAAUCAUACAGCCACUGCUACGUCGCAGCGAUACUGCACGGCCACCAUCAGCGAGCGCCUCGCCAACACGAGCAGAUCACUCGAGCGAUAUUCUCCGCCUAUGCGAAGAGCUCAAGUUAGCCAAGGGUGAACUUAGCAACCAGAGUGAGCGCAUGAGGAAUCUAGAGGAUGAGCUUGCGCAGGAACGAAGCGCACGAGAGAGUGCCGAGGAACGAGCCCAAAGGCUGGAGCAAGGAGGGAGGAGGGACUCGCCUACUAACGAAGGCCACACAAGUGCGGAAAACAGUCCAAAUUCGAGCAGCAGCAGCGCUACCAACCGGGAUUCCGGAUAUGAGAGCAAUGGAUCGGAUCCAGAUCUCCAGGCCCAACUUGACAGGUUGCGAUCCUCGAUGGACGAGAUGAAGCAGACCAUGGAAUCGUACCGUCGGCGUGCAGAAAGUGCCGAGGCAGAGAGAGACGAAGCACGUCAAACACUCCAAGAAAUGAUCGAGCAAAAGCGUAAGCACAAUGCCUACUCAGAGCAGACUGCUCGGUCAGCCCCGAAGUCGAAACGACCGGACGAGCGCUCCUUGCACCUCGACGGAAUCUCAGAAGCGAACGGGCAUGCGAUAGUACCAACAUCGGGUGAUAGUCCAACAUCAGUCAGCUUACUGGAAAGAGCCGGCGCCGAGGAAGGUCAGCCCAUCACAAAAGAACAAGCAAGAAUCAUCACACAGUAUCUCUCACAGGAGCUACUAGGGCCGCAACCCAGUGCACAUGGUGGCCAAAAGCAUGAUGCCUUGCUCUACUACGGGCUACCUUAUGGAAGCUUCGCUGCGGUGGUCGUUCUUGGCUAUGUUGCCAUGACAUAUAUCAAUGGCUGGCCAAAAGUGGAGAGAUGA